CUGUAUUCUCGAAUGAGUCGUUAAGUUGAACGUAACGACGCUUAGCGAGUUAGCAGCACCGCAAUGAAUUUGUGACGUCACACUGUCGGUCAAAUUUAACGAAUUAUUUUGAAUACAAUUCUGACAGUUGAGAAAUAAGCACGAAAAAAACAUUAAUUCUUUGAGAUUAAAACGUGAAAUAGCAAAAAUGCGCUUAUGCACAAUUUUUAUUAUAUUCUUCGGCAUAUUUGUUUUCGUCUGCAUUGCCUUCAUCUUUGGAAACCUCAUGACCGGCCUAGGCGAACGGGCUGGUCUAAGCUGGUUCCUGCACACAACCAAUCCGCACAUGUGGGCUGGCCUCGGCGUUGGACUCUGCGUUUCGCUAUCCGUGGUCGGUGCUGCCAUGGGCAUAUAUAUAACCGGCACCAGCGUGGUCGGAGGAGGCGUCCGCUCGCCCCGUAUCCGUACCAAGAAUCUCAUCUCGGUAAUAUUCUGCGAAGCGGUGGCCAUUUACGGUCUGAUCAGCUCCAUUGUGUUCUCGGGCAAUCUGCAGACCUAUGUUAUGCAUCAUGUGAUCAACAACCGAAAGAGUAUGGCCAAAAAUAUGUUCACGGGAUUUGCAACAUUUGGCGCCGGACUGGCAGUCGGUUUGGUCAAUCUCAGCUGUGGCAUUUGCGUUGGGAUUGUGGGCUCGGGCGCAGCUCUCUCGGAUGCCGCCAAUUCGGCAUUGUUUGUCAAGAUACUGAUUGUUGAAAUCUUUGGUUCCGCAAUUGGACUAUUUGGCUUAAUUGUUGGCAUAUACAUGACCUCCAAUGCAGAAAUGAUCAAAUGAACAAUUGAUGUGUUAACUAAUUUUAUUAAAAACUAGAACUAGCACAGAAACCUUUA